AUGUUAACUAAGGAAGAAAAUAUUCUACAGAAUAGCACAGCACCGGUUGAAUUCAUCCUCCUUGGUCUUUCUGAUGAGCCCAACUUGCAAAGCAUAUUAUUUUCUAUUUUUCUAGUGAUCUAUAUCAUCAUUCUGACAGGAAACUUUCUCAUCAUUCUCCUCACAUUGGUUGAUCCUGCCCUACACACACCCAUGUAUUUCUUCCUGAGAAACCUGUCCUUCUUGGAGAUCUGUUACACCUCAGUCAAUAUACCCAAGAUGCUUGAGGAUCUUCUGUUUGGGGAUAAAUCCAUCUCUUUCCUAGGAUGUGCUCUACAGACUUAUUUUGCAUUCUUUCUUGGUGGCUCAGAGUGUUUCCUCCUGGCCUCAAUGGCCUACGAUCGCUAUGUUGCCAUUUGCAAGCCUCUACACUACCAUGUUCUCAUGAACAGGAAGGCGUGCAUGGGUCUAGCUGUGGCAUCUUGGUUAAGUGGCUUUUUUAUGUCCUUUGGCCACACCAGUAUGGUAUUUACCAUGUCCUUUUGUGGCUCCAAUGAGAUUAACCACUUCUUUUGUGACAUCCCCCCAUUACUAAAAUUGGCUUGUGGGGACACGUCCAGGACUGAAAUUGCUGUGUUUGUGGUGGCUAUGGUUUUUGUGACUCUUCCUUUUCUCCUGAUCUUAAUGUCUUAUGUUGGUAUUAUUGUCACCAUUCUGGGGAUUUCUUCUGCUGAAGGCCGGAAAAAGACUUUCUCCACCUGCUCUUCGCACCUCAUUGUGGUUACUUUAUUCUAUGGUUCAGCUUGUAUUAUCUACUUGAAGCCCAAUUCCACUUACUCACCCAAUAGUGACAAGUAUCUGUCUCUCUUCUACACAAUUGUUGGUCCCGUACUGAAUCCUAUCAUAUACAGCUUUCGGAAUAAAGAUGUCAAAGGAGCUCUUAGGAGAAUUUGGGAGAGAAAAGCUUUUGGAUGA